UUACAUUUACGAGUCAUACAGAGUUGAUGGUUUUAUUAAUAAAUAUUUAGUUGACAAAUGUCUAUCAUUAUGAUGAUGACAUAAUGUUUUGUUGUUGGUGUGUGUUUUUUUUGUUCUGGUAUGAGCCGACAGAUGCUGGUUUAUUUAUGAGUCUUGGUCGCUUGGGAACGCUUUUUGCAAUCCGGCAAAAACACGCAUUGUAUAUGGGCUAAACGGUGGAAUGAAUAAUUUACAUUAACGGCGGUUUAUCGCGUUAAUUGCGCGCGUUUCGCGGAAAAAUUAAAACCUGCAUAUUGCGACAGCGCGUGGCCUAAUUGUUUAUGCAUAUAAAUAGGAAAAAACCGCGGACAAUGGUCAAAGCAUCAACGUAUUCAUUGUCUAAGUGAAAAAACAAAGAGUUUUUGUUAAUAAUGGAUCAUUUUUUGAUGGUAAUUUGUUUUGUUUUGUUUAUUAAUGGAAGUGUUUUUGCUGAUGAGGAAAUUUCAGAUGAAACCGAGAAUCACUCACAUAAAUGUACGGACCAGCUACGUGAGUUCAUCUCCUGUCAAUCUACAGGAUGUAUCAAAACCUGCGCGAAUCCAAAUCCAAUUCAAUGCACCUUGGAUUGUUCCCACGGAUGUUUCUGUCGUGAUGGCUACGUUCUGGAUGAGGAAACCGAUCAAUGCGUUGAGGUUGAUCAAUGCACAACGUUGUGCCGCGCCAACGAGGAGUACCGCGAGUGCAAAGUAUGCGAGCCAACGUGCCAUGAAGACGAACCGGCCUGCCCGAAGGAUUGCGCCGCGAAGGGACGCGGCGUCUGCGUCUGCAAGGAGGGCUACGUGCGCAGCCAUGCGGGGGCGUGCGUCCGCCGGGAGGAGUGUUAAUUAACGCUAACACUCUGUCCGACUCGCGCCACCCACGCAGCCCCUGCAGUAAUAACUACGGAAUGGAAGGAAAACAAUUCAAAGCUGAAAUUAAUUACGAAAUUUUCCACCGACGCCAGCGAUAACUUUCUGAAGCGCUAAGAUAAAUUUAAAUAAUCGCAAACGUAAGAAAAAUGAAAUUCAAAUAAAAAUAUUUUUCCAACUUCCUGCCGGUUUUUAAUUCAGCGCGUUGAAAUUGUGUAAUUUUUGUUUCACCACUUUUAUAAGCACAUUAUGUUCAUUAUACACUUUUGCCCGGCGCCUCCACCAUUUUUUUUAUUUUCACUAAAAAAUUUUUGAUUUAAGGAAGUUAAGAAAAAUAUAAAACUAAAACAAAAAUUUAAGAAUUUUAUUGGUUUAUAUAAUGAAUAAGGAUAUACAGAGUGUAACAGUAAGAAUAUUAAUAUUUAAAAAUUCCGAGAAGUUGCAUUGAAAAGCAAAACAAACGAAAUGGUUUAUCAGGUAUUAAAAGGUUGUGAUAAUUUGACAGUAGAUGCAAAAUUCAUCGCUUAUGAACACUAUAAAUGUGUGAAUUCAAAUGUAAUGCAAUUACAGAGUGCAAAGAAUAAAACAUCACAGUAAUUAUCUU